UACGAGCACUACCCCAAACUCAAAAAAAAACCCCAACCCCAAAAACCUCAUCUUCAAAGCUCUGCACAGCAUACCGCAACCGACUCUCAUACAGAUUUAAAAAGCAGGUUCCACCGAUAUGCCUCCUCUUAAGAAGGAAAAAGCCGAGAAAAAGGCUGCAAAGCAGCAACAUCCGGCUACAAGCCAGCAGACUACCACUGCAAUCCAGCAUGGUCCGGCUCCAAGCCAGCAGAAUACCACAGCACCGCCAGACCCACGCAGACGCAUAAGAGGCAGAGACACAGCGGCAGCCGAUGCCCCCGACAACAGCUUCCUCGACCUCGACAACCUCGACUGGAUCACAGAAGGCUUCUGGGGUCUCCCGCCCGAUUAUCGCGGCGAGACAACGGAAACAGAUUCCAAUGCGCGUCGUCGGCAAGAGCGUCCCAUCCGCCCGGUUCGCGACGCGUUCAAUUGGCAUCAUGGGCCGGGCAAGAGUGAACAUCCUAAUAAUGAGGAUUAUGUGAGGGAUGCGGCGAUGCAUGUCCUCAGGGAGAAGAAUAAGAAAGAUCUCACGGCGAAGGCGUGGUAUGAGAAGCAGAUGGCGGAAUUGAGUCAUAAGGAUUAUUACACGAUCCUUGAAGUGGAGCAAACCGCUCCCCCUCACCUAAUCGUUAGUUCCUACAGACGGCUGGCGUUGAAGCUCCAUCCGGACCGGAAUGCUAGGCACGACGCUACUGAAGCCUUUCAGCUACUCGGCCUCGCGUACGAGACAUUGAAGGACGAGAGCAAACGCCGAGACUACGACCUCAUCUACCCUUCGAUAACACGAAGACGGCCCCCUCCUCAAAACACACAAACCCCACGUCCGCCUCCUGGUGCGACACCGCAGCCAGAAACGCUCAACGAAGCGGCGCAAAUCGUCGCCCUUCAAAAGUCGAAGCAAGAACGUGGUGCACGGUGGCGGGCUAAGAAGUAUGCCUUUGAUUCGACGAUCUUCGAUCUGCAGAGAGGCGUCCGGCUGUUAGAGCAAGAGAUCAGGAAUCUAGAUAGUAUUCUGGCUGCUGAGGCGGCGGCAGAGGCACGGAAGAAUAGUUGGGGAUCAUGGCUGUUGUCACCAAUAUACAAGAAGGCAGAAGAUAGUGAGGAGGAGAAGGCACGCAAGGAUAGGGGGAGGCAGGAGAGAAGGAUUGAGAAAGACUUGAAGGAGCGGCGACUGGAUUUAAAGAAGGCGGACUUGAAGAAAGAGGAAAACCUAUUAAAAAAGGCAAAGGAGGAGGUUGAUGCUGCGGAUCUGUGCGAUGACGGGAAGAUACGAGUGAUUCAGGCUAGGAUAUGGGCUAGAACUCAGGUUGCAGCACUACAACCUAGGAUCAACAACUCAUAUGCCAGAAAGCUACUCUCCGAACAUCAGCUAGAAACUCAGGAGAGGCAAGAGAGGGAGAGGGUGGAGAGAGAGAGACUGGCGGAGAUUCGGAAACAGCAGCAGGAGCAGUGGGAGAAAAAGCUGCGGGAAGAAGCAGAGGCGAUGAGAAAACAACAGGCGGAGAGGCGAGCAGCGGAACAGAAACGACAGGAGGAGUGGCGAGCAGCAGAACAGAAACGACAAGAAGAGAUCAGAAAACUGGCAAAGAUUUACGAUGAGGAAACCAGAAGACACCGGGAACAAUACACACAUCUCAAUCCACCCAAGGGAAGCACUCGCCAGGCUUACACAUCGACCUGCGACCACGACGGCUGGUGGCCAAAAGUACAAGGUCGUACAGCAUGCCCGGAGUGCUAUGAGCUUUGGACUUAUCUGCUGCAGUGCCCAGGCUGUGAGAUGAUGGCGUGUCCGAGAUGUCAAGCUGCGAUACGGCCGAGGAAACCGCGUAAUUCGACGAGGACGAAUCGGAGAGCCCCUCCACGGGUGAGGACUCCGAGCCCUGAUGUUAACUACGGCUACGACUACGACUGGUAAUAGGCUUGUGACGGGAAAUCUGAGAAGGAGCGGUUUGGCCUGGGCUUCGGCGCUGAUUUAGCGAAUAUGUACUGCAGAUGUUUUGUUCCAUAAUUACUUAGUUCGGCUGCCAUGGCAAAGGUCCCGAGUUGUUCUCGAGAUGUCUCGAAGCCGCAUUGGACCUUCAUGUUCCCGAUAGCCACAAGCUUGAAAGGGCCUUGGUCGGAAGCAUGGCGACCUUGCAUGAAUUUGCGCGCCACAGUACACGCAAGGUUGAUAAUGACUUCCUCACAUUGUAGUAUGUCUCUAGGGCUCAGAUAAACUCGUUUAUAUAUAUUGUGGAG